AUGACUCAUGAAAGUCGAAUGUUAAUAAUCACAUCAAAUCAAGAUCUUAUUAGUGAAUUAUCUUCGAAGAAAACACCUGAUACUCGUGUCAUUCAUUUAAAUGAAAAUAACAAUUUUCUUGAUUUUACUUUUGCUCAACUCACCGAACUUAAUUCUAAAAAUGAUCAAAUGUACAAACGAGUUCUCGAUUCUCCUCAAACAAGUCGAUCGAAAAUGGCGAAGAUUUUCAAGAAAUCAACAGAUCUUGUUUGUGUCAUCUGUGGAGAUUAUGCAAUUGGUUUCAAUUAUGAUCUUCUUACAUGUGCUUCAUGCAAAGCUUUUUUUCGUCGCAAUGCCCAAUAUGAACCAAAUAAACUUCGUUGUUUAACUGGAGAAAAUCAUUGUUCGGUUAAUUUUAAAUCCGCUCGGCGAUGUCAACGUUGUCGAUUGGAAAAAUGUUUGAAUUUAGGAAUGAGAAAAGAUUUUAUAAUCAGUGAAGAAGAAAAACAAAAACGAAGACAACGUUUAGAAGAAAAUCGAUUACUUUCGAAUGAAUUUCAUUCAUCAUCAACACUCCCAAUCACCAAUAUUUUUUCACAAGAAAUUUCACAAAAUUUCCUUAUUGAUUCCAAACAUGAAGAUCUUUCUAUAGAAGAUUGGAUAACAAUUGAUAAUAUUCGUUCGAAUUAUUCAUCGAUAUUUUCAAAUGAAAAGGCAAAAACAUUUUCAUUUAAUAUGUCUGAUCGUAUUUCAGCUUUGAUUUAUUGGUCAGAAAUUGUCAAUGAAAGAAUUUUAAAAUUAAUUUCAUAUUUUCGUCAAAUUGAUGAAUUUGAACAAUUAAAUCUUGAUGAUCGAUUUCUUUUAAUCAAAUAUAAUCUUCAUUCAUUAUAUUUAAUUCAACGAUGUUUAAAAUUUAAUUUAACAACUGGAUCAUUUUGUACAUUAAAUGAUGAAGAACGUUUGAAACGUCAAAAAUUCUUUCAUUUAUGUUAUGGAACAAGUGGAAUGAGAGAUUCAUUUAAAAAUUUAAUGAAAACACUUGCAACAGUUACAGAACAAGAUUUAACUUUAAUCGAAUUGAUUUUAAUUGUUUUACUUUUCUCCAAAGGUUUGUCAAUGAAUGAAAAUGAACCUUUAUUAAAAGAAAAUUUAACAGUUUUUCGUGUUCAAUCUCAUUAUUUAACAUUAACAUGGAAUUAUUUAAUCUAUAAACAAGGUUAUUCAAAAACAAUUCAACAAUUUACUCGAUUAUUCACUGAAAUAACACGUAUACAAUCAGUGAUAAGUCAAUAUAGACAAUUCUUUCGUUCACAAUUUCAAUCAACAGAUGCUGUAGAACGAUUUCCACCAUUAAUGCAAGCUGUUCUACAUAUUACUUAA